GUGAAGAUGAUGAAGAGAAACCUCAGUCCUCACAGCUUCAUCAAAGACAAACUGAACAGAUGGAAACAGAAGCGAAUGGAGAGGACCGCGGAGGACCAGAACCAGCCUUGAACUCGGAUCCAGAUACACAUUUACAACCAGAUAAUGACGACGAGGCUGAAGACUCUUCUGAACCCGAGACUGAUGACAGCGCCGAUUGGAAGGAGACCAGAGAACCUCAGUCAGGUUUAAACUCUCUGAAAAAUGACUCGAGAUGUAAGGCCGGUGAAAAAACACUUAGCUGCUCUGAGUGUGGGAAGAGAUUUGUCACCAAGACACACCUGAAGAUACACAUGAGAUCGCAUACAGGAGAGAAACCUUUUAGUUGCUCCGAUUGUGGGAAAAGGUUUUGCAUCAUUGGACAUUUGAAGGACCACGCAAGACGUCACACGGGCGAGAAACCAUUUCAGUGCCCUGAAUGUGGGAAAACAUUUGUAACAAAGUCCCAUCUGAAGAGACACACGAGAAUCCACACAGGAGAGAGACCCUUUAGCUGCUCAGUAUGCAGCAAAACCUUCAGUGGAAGCGGAAACCUGAAGACACACAUGAUAACUCAUACAGGAGAAAGGCCUUUCAGUUGCUCAUUCUGCAUGAAGUCCUUCACACAGAGUGGAACCCUAAAGGAACACAUGAACAUCCACACGGGAGAGAAACCGUUCGGCUGCUCAGUGUGUGGUAAAGCUUUCCGUGGGAGGGGGAAUCUGAAAAAGCACAAGAGAAUCCACACAGGCGAGAAACUCUUCGGCUGCAGCGUUUGUCACAAAAGAUUUGCCUGGCCCGAACAGGUCAAAAGGCAUAAAUGCGUUGGACGCCAGUCCUCACAGCUUCAUCAAAGACAAGCUCCACAGACGAAAACGGCGGCUGAUGGAGAGGACCGUGGAGGACCAGAACCAGCCGGGAACUCAGAUCCAGAUACACAUUUGCAACCAGAUAAUGAAGACAAUGCAGGAGACUCUUCUGAACCUGAGACUGAGAAAGACUGGAAGGAUCCUGAAAGUAACCCAUUCCGUUGUUCUGUGUGUUCCAAAACAUUUAAACACAGGGGGAAUUUGAAUAAACACGUGAGAACUCACACUGGAGAGAAACCGUUUAGUUGCACCUUGUGUAGUAAAAGGUUUUCUCAAAAAGCAGGCCUGGACUACCACUUGAAAACGCACACAGGAGAGAAACCGUUUAGCUGCUCAGUUUGCGGUAAGACGUUUAGGAACAAAGGAGCCGUGACGUACCACAUGGUGAAGCACACCGGGGUGAAACCGUUCAGCUGCGGCGUCUGUGGCGGGAGAUUCUUUUGGCGUUUUCAGAUCAAAAAACACAAGUGUCUCAGGGAGUUCUCACAGCAAAGAAGAAGAAGAAUUGGCUUUAAUGGAGAGAACUGUGAAGGGCCAGAAGCAGCCAGACGUUCAACACAAGUUGCUAAUAAAACGACAGAACUGGCAUCUGAAGCUGACGACAGUGAUGACAUUGGGUUUUGGAAAGAGACCAGGCAACAUCAGUCAGGGUUCACUUAUCAGAGAUGUAAAAAAGUUCCCUCAAGUGAUGGAUGCAACACUGGCGGCUCUGCUGACAAGGUUCAAACCGAAGCCGGGACUGACGAAAGUGUUGAUUUUGGCAGACCGACCGGCCACCCUCAGUCACGUCUAAGGCUUCUGAAAACCGAGCACGUUCCUGUCAGUGAUACAGAACGUGAUACUUACACGAAGCCAUUCAGCUUCUCCGAGUAUCGUGAAAGAUGCGAAGACGGUUGCACUCUGCUGACACGCAAGAACUCCCCCACAGAUGAGCAACCAUUCAGUAGCUCACUUUGCGGGAAAGGAUUUGCCACAAGACUUCACGCAGCACUGAUCCACAGUAGUCAUACAGGAGAGGAACAUUUUACAGAACGAGGAAGUCUGAGCCAAGACAUAGUGGUCCGUACAGGGGUACACAUGGGGGUAAAGCAGGAGGACCCAGAGCCCCCAAACAUUAAAGAGGAACAAGAGGAACUUCGGGUCAGUCAGGAGGGAGAGCAGCUUCAAGGGCUGGAGGAGUUCGUCAAGUUCCCAUUCACUCCUGUCCCUGUGAAGAGUGAACAUUAAGACUUUGCCGCAAAUGCUGACCGAUAACCGGAGCUUCCCGCGACUUCCACCAAUCGCAACAGUUUCCCGUGGCAGACUUUUGCCCCAGUAUCUGACACUGAGAGCCACUGACCUACCGGGUUGAAGUAACACACCACAUGAAGCUAUGUGAACCAUUUUCUUUAUUUUCUGAGCCUAACCCUAAGCCUUUCGUUAAAAAAAGCAGGUGGAUGAGCAUUAAGUUGUUAAAGUUCACUCAUUUAGCGGCUGGCUCUACUGAGCAGGGGAUUGUCUUUUAAUCCUACAUAUAGCAGUAACAAAACAAAUCAGGGAAAAGAGUAGAUGGGAUGUACAACAGCACUAGCCUGAAAAUCCAGACCCAAAUCCGAAAGAUUAAGGGUCUGGCAUUGAGUAAUGAAAAUGGCCCAACUCGAGGGGCG